GGACGCUUUGUCCGGCCGCGGUCCGGCCUCGUGGCGGCGGGUGCGGGGUGCUCUCUGGACUCGGCGCCCCGGGCUGCGGGCCGACGUGAGAGAGUGGCGGUGGGGUGUCGAGGGCGCCCGGGGCGACGCUCACGAGUCUCUCUGCCCUCACGGUUUUGCCUGCAGCCGAAACAACUUCCCGACAAGUGGCAGCACGACCUCUUCGACAGCGGCUUCGGGGGUGGCGCCGGCGUGGAGACGGGUGGGAAACUGCUGGUGUCAAACCUGGACUUCGGAGUGUCAGACGCGGAUAUCCAGGAACUCUUUGCCGAGUUUGGAACAUUAAAGAAAGCAGCCGUGCACUACGAUCGCUCUGGACGAAGUUUAGGGACAGCAGAUGUGCACUUUGAACGGAAGGCAGAUGCCCUGAAGGCUAUGAAACAAUACAAUGGUGUCCCUUUGGAUGGCCGUCCCAUGAACAUCCAGCUUGUCACAUCACAGAUCGACACGCAAAGAAGACCAGCACAGAGCAUAAACAGAGGUGGCAUGACAAGAAACCGUGGCUCUGGUAGUUUUGGUGGUGGUGGCACCCGGAGAGGAACCCGUGGAGGCAGCCGGGGAAGAGGUAGAGGUACCGGCAGGAACUCAAAGCAGCAGCUUUCUGCGGAGGAGCUGGACGCACAGCUGGAUGCUUACAAUGCCAGGAUGGACACCAGUUAAACAGCCAAGCAAAUCCACACAAGUAACAGAACCCAGAAGCUUCAUCCGAGAUCCCUAGAGAGGGAGGGUUGGCAACUGGACUGUGCAGACAAUGGUGGAUUUGUUUUUGUUUCUUUUUUUUCUCCUGUUUUAAAAUAGGAUCUAAACUCAUGUAAAGGCUUUUUUUCUUUUUUUUUUUUAAAUUCUGAAACAGACCUGUUUUGUACCGAGUUAUUUUUGGGAUAAAUUUUACUGGUUGCUGUUGUGGAGAAGGUGGUGUUUUCACCUUUGCCAUAAUAAACUAGAAUUGUGUGUAGAACUGGA